CAAGGGGAACCUCAUGGCGGGAAGUUGUUGCUAAGAACUGCUGCAAGGCGAAAGAAAUUUGGAUUUCCGAUUCAAUUUUAGAAUGGCUUCAGUUUCAGCUCUAACCGAGGAAUUGGAUUCUGUUACCAGUGAGCUGCAUGCAGUAGACAUUCAAAUUCAAGAGCUUCUGGAAAGGCAACAAGAGCUUAUUCAAAGAAAAACCAGCCUCACCAAUAGAAUAAAGCAGUGCUUGGAGCAUUGUGAGCCUGGGGAAGGCAGUGGGGAGGAUUCUUCACCUGCGGCUUGGAAUAGAGAAGAUUUCCCAUGGUCUGGCAAAGUAAAAGAUGUUCUGCAAAAUGUCUUUAAACUGCAGAAGUUCCGACUGCUGCAGCUUGAAACCAUAAAUGCAACCCUGUCUGGAAAGGAGGUGUUUCUUGUGAUGCCCACAGGUGGAGGAAAGAGCUUGUGCUACCAGUUACCUGCAUUAUGUUCAGAUGGUUUUACACUUGUGAUUUGUCCAUUGAUCUCACUUAUGGAAGAUCAACUAAUGGUUUUAAAACAAUUAGGAAUAUCAGCUACCAUGUUAAAUUCUUCUAGUUCAAAGGAGCAUGUGAAGUGGGUUCAGGCUGAAAUGGUGAACAAAAACUCUCAGCUCAAGCUGAUUUAUGUGACUCCAGAAAAAAUUGCCAAAAGUAAGAUGUUUAUGUCAAGACUUGAGAAGGCUUAUGAAGCUAAGAGAUUCAGCCGCAUCGCUGUGGAUGAAGUGCACUGCUGCAGCCAGUGGGGACACGAUUUCAGACCUGAUUACAAGGCCCUGGGCAUCUUAAAACGGCAGUUCCCCAAUACCACCCUCAUCGGGCUGACGGCCACUGCCACCAGUCACGUGCUCAAGGACGCUCAGAAAAUACUCUGUGUUGGACAGUGCCUCACUUUCACAGCUUCUUUUAACCGGCCAAAUCUUUUCUAUGAGGUUCGGCAGAAGCCCUCAAACACUGAAGAUUUCACUGAGGACAUUGUCAAGCUCAUUAGCAGCAGAUACAAAGGACAGUCAGGAAUAGUGUACUGUUUUUCUCAGAAAGACUCUGAACAAGUCACGAUGAGUUUACAGAAAUUGGGAAUACAUGCUGGUACAUACCAUGCCAACAUGGAACCCGAAGACAAAACGCGGGUUCAUAGAAAAUGGUCAGCCAAUGAGAUUAAGGUAGUGGUGGCAACUGUGGCAUUUGGUAUGGGAAUUGAUAAGCCAGAUGUGAGAUUUGUUAUUCAUCAUUCAAUGAGCAAAUCAAUGGAAAAUUACUACCAAGAGAGUGGCCGUGCAGGUCGAGAUGACCUCAAAGCAGAUUGUAUUCUCUAUUACGGCUUUGGAGACAUUUUCCGAAUCAGCUCGAUGGUGGUGAUGGAGAAUGUGGGACAGCAGAAGCUGUAUGAGAUGGUGUCAUACUGCCAGAACAUAAGCAAGUGUCGCCGUGUACUCAUAGCUCAGCACUUUGAUGAAGUGUGGAACUCAGAAGAAUGUAACAAAAUGUGUGAUAACUGUUCUAAAGACAUUGCAUUUGAAAGAAAGAAUAUUACAGAGGAUUGCAGAGAUCUAAUCAAGAUCCUGAAGCAGGCAGAGGAUCUGAAUGAGAAGCUCACCCCCCUGAAACUGAUCGACUCCUGGAUGGGGAAAGGAGCGCCCAAGCUCCGAGUGGCAGGAGUGGCUCCUCCCCAACUUCCUCGGGAAAACCUGGAGAAGAUCAUCGCCCACCUCCUUCUACAGCAGUACCUCAAAGAGGACUACAGUUUCACAGCUUAUGCUACCAUUUCCUAUUUGAAAAUAGGACCAAAGGCUAAUCUUCUGAAGAAUGCGGCACAUGUUAUCAACAUGCAAGUAAAGAAGCCUACACAGAGCUGUCUAAGGACUGAACGAUCUCAAACUAGUCAUCUUGAAGGAGCUGAUCGAAAGAAAGGAGAAAACGCGGUUAACUUCCAGAAGAAAGCUACACACCCCAUCCAGCAAUCUGAAUCUAGGAUUACGGGAGCUAAGAAAAGAAAAAUGGAUGAUUCUUGAGAUCAGUUAUGUGUGAAUGCAUCAACAUUUUCAUGAAGUUUAUAGACAAUUUUACUAACAUUUUAUUUACAAGAAACUACAUUUACAGAGAAAAAUUAUGAGCGUGAUGACAAAUUAGGGGCUUCUGAAAAAUUUGAAACCAUGCGUUGUAUAAAUUACAGUCUAAAACAAGGGGAAUGAGGUAUUUUCUGUUUUGGGGCCGCACAUAGCAGUGCACAAGACUUACUCAUGGUUCUGUGCUUAGGGAUCACACCUAGCAGACUCUGGGAACCAUAUAGGUUGCUGGAUUGAACCUGGGUAUGCCGCAUGCAAGGCAAUUACCCUACUAACUGUACUGUCAUCACCCUGGCUCCGAAAAACAAAAAUCUUUAUGUGAAACAUGAAACUUCA